CUCCAAUUAAUCCUGUCUGUGUGUCGUGAGUUUAGCAACAUCAUGAAUAUAGAAUACCGACAGUUGGAUAAGGAUCUCAAGGAACGGCUGGAUGGCUUUUUCCGCACAAACAAUGCCUUGAUUGAAGUGCACCCCGGACGGGUCUUGAUGCCCAGCAAGUUCCAGGAAAUCGGUGAGGACAUUAAGAACUUCGAGAUCCGCAAGGAUGACGUGUGGUUGCUGUCCUAUCCCCGGACGGGAUCGACCUGGGCUCAGGAAAUGAUUUGGCUAUUGGGCAACAACCUGGACUAUGAAGGAGCAAAGAACAUCCAACAGGUUCGGACGCCUCUGCUGGAGUUGUCUGCCAUUUUUUCCGAGGAUCGCAGUGUGGAGGAAUUUGUAACGGAACACAAGAAGGUCAAUUCCGUGACGUGCGUCCACAGUAUGCCGAGUCCACGGUUCGUCAAGUGUCACCUGCCUUGGCAGCUUCUUCCGAACCAGAUGGAUCAGGUUCGACCCAAGAUGAUCUACAUAGCGCGGAACCCCAAGGACCUCUGCGUGUCGUACUACUACUACUGUCAGUUGAUCCAUCAGACCGAGGGCAGUUUCGAGGACUUUUGCGACAUUUUCCUGGCCGACAACGCUCCCAUUGGACCGAUGUGGGCUCACAUGCUUUCGCUCUGGAAACGGCGCAAUCAAUCGAACAUCUUGUUCCUGAAGUACGAAGACAUGAAGCGACACUUGCCCGCUGUGAUUCGGCAGUGUGCCGAGUUUAUGAACAUUGAUCGCGAACUCACCGAGGAAGAUGUGCAAAAGUUGUGCGAUCAUUUGCAGUUUGAUAAAAUGCAGAAGAACCCGGCCGUGAAUAUGGAACCGUUGAUGAAGAAUUCGGCCCAGAUCGAUGACAAAGCGAGUAUCAAGUUCAUCCGCAAGGGUGCGAUCGGUGAUUGGAAGAACCAUAUGAGUGAUGAGUUGUCGAAACGAUUCGAUGCUUGGAUUGGCAGGCAUUUCGACGGAACAGGACUGGAGUUUGAAUAUGAAUAG